AUGCACGGGCUGACCUGUCUUUCAUGCACAUUGUAUAACAGUACAUAUCUCACCAUGCCCCUAACGGUGCCCUCUCGUCCCGUGAUGAAAGGGGAACCUCCGGAUGAUGCUCAGCGCCAUCGGCAGUCAAGGCUAAUGCAAAGUGUUGAGGUUCUGUUAAGCCUCGGAACAUCUAACCCAGAACUGUGGGCAAAUGUCCGUGUGACAAUGAUCACCAAACUCGAAGGCUGGGUUCAAGAAGAUGUGGACACUAAAGGAGAGGAGAUUCGCCAAGAGAUAGAAGCAGAGGUUGAAGAACGUGUCGAACAGCAGACCGACAAGGUCCUGGCCAAAAUCAGCGCCUUCGCGGCGGAAGUCAGGCAACUGAGGAGGGAUACCCAACAAAGGCUUAAGGAUCAGGAUCAGCUCUCGACCGAGGUUGGUAGGCAAGUCCUGGGCGGGGUGGCUCACAUUGUCACUACCGAGGUCACGAAAAUGUCGGCAAAGAGACAGUUGGACGGGUUCGAGCUUGCAGUUGGAGAUAUCCUGGACAAGUUUGCCCACGAGAUGACACAAGACAAGAUGUUUCGGAUAUUCAAUACUCUACAGACAAAGCCCAUGAGUGCGGCUCUGUAUAAUAUCUGUGGCGCCAGAUCGCAAGUCGACUUGCAGCGGGGUUUGGUGGAAGAGUGGAAGCGGGGUUCCUAA